AUGCCCUCCGCGUCUCCCGUGGGCUCCUGGGCCCCGGCGGCCCCCAACGCCACCGUGGCGGAGGCCAACGGCAGCGUGCCGGAGAAGCCCCUGUUCCACGUGUUCGCCCGGCUGGACGAGGAGCUGCACGCGGCCUUCCCCGGCCUGUGGCUCGCGCUGAUGGCGGUGCACGGCCUCAUCUUCCUGGCGGGGCUGGUGCUCAACGGGCUGGCGCUGUUCGUCUUCUGCUGCCGCACCCAGGCCAAGACGCCAUCGGUCAUCUACACCGUCAACCUGGUGGUGACCGACCUGCUGGUGGGCCUGUCCCUGCCCACGCGCUUCGCCGUCUUCUACGGCACGCGCGGCUGCCUGCGGUGCGCCUUCCCGCACGUCGUCGGCUACUUCCUCAACAUGCACUGCUCCAUCCUCUUCCUCACCUGCAUCUGCGUGGACCGCUACCUGGCCAUCGUGCGGCCCGACGGCUCCCGCCGCUGCCGCCAGCUGGCCUGCGCCAGGGCCGUGUGCGCCUGCGUGUGGCUGGCCGCCGGCGCCGUGACCUUGUCGGUGCUGGGCGUGACGGCCGGCGGGCGGCCCUGCUGCCGCGUGCUGGCGCUGACCGUGCUGGGGUUCCUGCUGCCGCUGCUGGUCAUCAGCGUGUUCACGGGCCGCAUCGUGUGCGCCCUGUCACGGCCGGGCCUCCUGCGCCAGGGCCGCCAGCGCCGCGUGCGGGCCAUGCAGCUCCUGCUCACCGUGCUCGUCAUCUUCCUCGUCUGCUUCACGCCCUUCCAUGCCCGCCAGGUGGCGGUGGCGCUGUGGCCGGAGGGGCCGCCCCGCGCCAGCCUCGUGGCCUACCACGUGGCUGUGACCCUCAGCAGCCUCAACAGCUGCCUGGACCCCAUCGUCUACUGCUUCGUCACCAGCGGCUUCCAGGCCACCGUCCGAGGCCUCUGCCGCCGCCACGGAGCCGGGUACGAGCCCAACAGCGGCAACAUGGUCAGCGUGCACAAGAGCUCCCGCGGCUCGGGCCACCAUCACAUCCUCAGCGCCGGCCCCAGCAUCUUCACCCAGGACCUGGCCAACGGGCCUGACGCUUAG